GGCGGCAGCGGCGCCACUGCGCACAGCUCUCGCGAGGCUUGCGGCGGCGCCGGGCGCUGCCCCCUGCGAAUGGCGGCGCGGAGGUGAGGCCGGGGCCGGCGGGCGGUGCCGCCAUGGAGCACAUCACCACACCGAAGGUUGAAAAUGUGAAAUUACUAGAUCGUUAUACCAAUAGAAAGGCAGCAAAUGGGACAUUAUACCUGACAGCCACCCACUUGAUCUAUGUAGAGGCUUCUGCUGAAGUCAGAAAAGAAACAUGGAUUCUGCAUCAUCAUAUUGCAACUGUAGAGAAACUGCCUCUGACCACAGCUGGGUAUCCACUCCUCAUCCACUGCAAGAACUUCCAUGUGGCUCACUUUGUCAUUGGGCAGGAACGUGACUGUCAUGAAGUGUUUACCUCGCUGCUUAAGCUUUCACAACCAGUGAAAGCUGAAGACCUUUACGCUUUCUCUUACAAUCCCAAAAUGUCUAAAGAGAGUCGGGAGAUUGGCUGGAAGCUGAUUGACCUGAAAGUGGAUUACCAACGGAUGGGAAUUCCAAAUGACUACUGGGAGAUAACAGAUCUUAACAAAGACUAUGAGGUUUGCAACACUUACCCCCCUGAAAUCGUGGUGCCCAGAGCUGCUAACAAGACGGUGGUGAGCGGCAGCUCCCGGUUCCGAAGCAGAGGGCGGAUUCCGGUGCUUUCCUACUUAUAUAAAGAAAACAAUGCUGCCAUAUGCCGCUGCAGCCAGCCCCUCUCUGGCUUCAGUGCACGCUGUCUGGAGGAUGAACAGAUGCUGCAGGCCAUCAGAGAAGCCAACCCUGGGAGCCCCUUCAUGUAUGUUGUAGACACAAGGCCAAAGUUGAAUGCCAUGGCCAACCGAGCUGCUGGGAAGGGCUAUGAGAAUGAGGACAAUUAUGAUAACAUCUGCUUUAAGUUUAUUGGCAUUGAAAACAUCCAUGUGAUGCGCAGCAGCCUGCAGAAGCUCCUGGAAGUGUGUGAAAUGAAGUCCCCCUCAAUGAGCGAUUUCCUCACUGGGCUGGAGAACUCAGGUUGGUUACGGCACAUUAAGGCUGUGAUGGAUGCAGGUGUCUUUCUUGCCAAGGCUGUGAAGGAUGAAAAAGCCAGCGUCUUAGUGCACUGCUCCGAUGGGUGGGAUCGCACCGCGCAGGUCUGCUCCCUGGCUGGCCUCCUCUUGGAUCCCUUCUACAGGACUUUUAAAGGCUUCAUGAUCCUCAUAGAAAAGGAGUGGAUUACAAUGGGCCACAAGUUCUCCCACAGGUGUGGCCAUUUGGAUGGUGACCCCAAAGAGGUGUCCCCUGUCUUCACACAGUUCGUGGAAUGCGUCUGGCAGCUCAUGCAGCAGUUCCCCUGCGCCUUUGAGUUCAGCGAGCGUUUCCUCCUUGAGAUCCACGACCAUGUCUACUCCUGCCAGUUUGGCAACUUCCUGGGCACCUGUCACAAGGAGCGGGAGGAUCUGAAAAUCUUUGAGAAGACCCAUUCUCUGUGGCCUUUCCUCUUGCAGAAGAAGCAGGAAUUCAGAAACCCUUUGUACAGAGGAUUUACAGCUUACAAAGAGCUUCAGCCAAACACUCUGCCUUUCAGUUUCCAAUUUUGGUGUGGGAUGUACAAUCGCUUUGACAAAGGAAUGCACCCUAAACAGCCUGUGCUAGAUCACCUGCUUAGCUGCAUGAGCCAGAAGGUGAAACUGGAGGACAACGCAUCUGAGCUGGAAAAUAAACUUCCUUUCUGUGAUGGUCCUUUGCCCAGCGAAGCUUGCUCCUUACCAAAAGGAGGACGUGCUGCUUCCAAAACCCCAAUGCUCAACACUCCUCAGGAUUAUGAAGGGGACCCACCUCCUGUCUUGAGCAAUGGUGCUUCAGAAGGGGACACAGAUGUUCUGCCAGAUGGGGACCAAAAGCACAAGGGCAACCUGUCCCAUCACCAGGAGGACCUCCAUGAUCUUAAUGACUCCAUUGAGGUUUUAGGCCCUGAAGCUCAGGAUGGAAAGCUGCAGCACCACUGACCAGCUCGGAACUGCACCUGGUGCACCAGAUGCUUGUGGUGAGGUGUGAGGGAGCUGUGCCUCCACCAGGAUGGAGAUCCCUAACCCAUGAGAGCUGUGAGUAGGUGUGUUUGUAAGGAGCUGUGCUCCUGUGCAGAGGAGUCUGCACUUGGGUUGGUUUGCAUUGUUUGGCAGCUAAAAUGAUGAGGAGCUGCCUCGAAGGCCACUCUGAGUUGGUGUGAACCUCGUUCCUCAGUGGACACACAAUGUGUGCUUAAGGUUUGCCUGCCAGGAUUGGUGCUUCAAGCUGAAAGAAACCUUGGCUGAAAGAUAUCUUAGGAACUACUGGAGGAGAAGGAGGAAGAAAAAUGCAACUUAUUUAUUCCUGAUGGUACAAGACCAUCUUAACAUGAUUAAAAAAAAAUAGUUCAUCUUAAAAUGACAAAAGCAAUCCCAUCCCUUCUCUUAGCUGUGAAUGAGUCUGUGCAUGGACCCUCACCUCGUGGCAGAACUGAUUUGUCUUUUGGUUCCUAUGCAGAUUUGUCAAACAAAACCAAACCCCCCUGUGCCUUUUUUCUGAGACCAAUUUGAUGUCCAGCUACCUAAGCUCCUGGUUUUAUUGGUGUAGUUUAGAGUGCAGUGCUUGGUCUUUGUUGGAGUCAGUAUUUUUAAAUAAGGUUUUUACCUGCUGCCAGCUUUUCCAGGAUCUUUGCAGAUCCCCCUGAGUUGAGUUUAGUAGCUUCUUUCUAAGCAGACUUUUCAAAGAAUAAGCUUUUAUGGACCUCAUUUACUGAUUGUGAGGGUACAGCAAGCAGUAGAGCCUCAGAGGGUACAGCAAGCCCCAAAGACAACCUGAGACAGGGGGAUUUUUGAUUAGAAGUGAGAAAAGAGAGGGAAAAACUAGAUGGAGCUUUUGUUUCUUGGUCUUGGUUUUAUGGUCUUGGUUAAACUAAAGCAAGAGAGAAACUCUUAGUUCCAAAGUAGAAUCAGUGUGGUUUCCUCACAUCCAUCCAUGAGGCAAUAGCUGCAGUUGAGGUAUGUCCUGGUAUUGAAAUGGGGUCUAAAAUGGGGACUUCACAUUCCAGACUUGAGUGUUUGCAGGGAAUGUUGAAAUGCAUGAGCCUUAGAGGUUCUUCAUCUGUCAAGACAUGGUGAUGUGAGCAAUAGAUCUCAUGGCAAUGAACUCUGCAUUCCUUGAAGGUGAUAAUAAGGGAUGUUUCCUUAUUGCAGUGAGAAGUAGACAUCCUUGCUCAUGGCUGUGCCCCAUCUUGGAUUCAGCUCUGGUGCUUCUUAAUGCUGCUUGGUCUCUUGAAACUGCAGCAAUCUCAGCUGGAGGUACUAGUUCAGAGUUUCAGCUUGAAAACAGUGGUGGAUAUUCCACUUAUGCAGAAGUCUUGUGAAGAACUGAGGACUCCUCAGGGAAGUGAUGGCCCAGGAAGGUUGUUCCACAGCACUUCUGUAGAUGUGAAAGUCCCUUUGUGCAGCUUGAUCCUAGCUGCUUUAUUGCUUGCUUUUGGAUCCUGUUGUUUAAAUUAGGUGCUGCCAUUAGGUCUGAAGCACAGGUUUUCUAUGUGAGAGUCCUUUGUGCAGCUUGAUUCAAGAUGUUUCUCUACUUUCUUCCAUCCUGAUCUACAGUAAGAAGCAGACACUGUCCAUUAGAGCAUCAUAAAAUGCAGUGGACGUUGUUCACGUGCUGAAAUGACAGGGUUAGUUUCAGUGUUCAAGAUGAAGUCAAAAAGAAAAAGCCCCAAAACUCCCCUGACUCUCACUUUGGCUGAGAAAAUUAUGCCUUUUAUUAAGCAUCUUGACAAAUGCAAGACAAAAGGGCAGUACUUGAGAACACAGAGAUCCUUCACUGCCUGGAGUGACACAGAGGAACUUGGGGUCUAGUGUUGCAGGUUUUUCAGCCUUUAAAGCAAGUGAAAUAGUUAUUUUGAAGGCAGGAGUGAGAGAACUACAACAAGUUACUGAUUUCACAACUCAGCACGUGCAAUCCUGAGCCAGAUAUGCUUAAACAGGAGAUGUUUGAACUUUGUCCUGUGGGUCCAUCUCAAAAAAUACUGCCUCAUACAACAGCUUUGUCAUUUUGUUUGAAGACUGCACAUGGCUGAGUGCAUCUUCUCUUAAUUUCAGGUGAAGGUCUGCUGUUGAGUCUCUGUGUUCCUAACCAGACACCUGCUAAGCUCCUAAUAUUGAGUUGAGUGGUCCAGCAGCCAUUUGAGUUGGCUACAUCUACAUACCCUAAAUGCAUCUUAAACCAACCUGCUCUGGACACCCAGCAUUAGGAUCUGCUGGAGACUGCCACUGGAGGGUGCUGGGGAAAUUGUUUCUCUUUGCCUUUUGGUAGUGUCAAAGCUCAAUUUCAGCUGCACUUUGGGGCCUAUUUGUUAGGACUGGUGGAUCAACCCUUUCUUUUCUUUCUAUGUAUAGUGUGACAGCUUUUUAGAGAAGCCACAACUGCUAAAUGAGACCAAACCAGGCACUUUUUAGGACCAGUUUUUAUAGCUGUUCUGUUUCUCCUUUUUAAUGCCUUCUCUAAUGAAAAUCAGAGAUGCAGGAUUGCAGAAGAUUUUAACUGUUGGCCUGUCUAAAUCCUUUAGCAGUCAGUCAAUGGUUGUCUGAAAACAUUUUACAGGAGGUUUCUCUAAGUGUUUACACCUUGCUUUUGGAGUUAUCACAGACCACCUGCACCAAAGCAGAAUCAUCUCUGCUUAUCCCUAAAAUGUGACUCUGACACCUCCACAAACCCUUCCUAACUGCAGUAUUGCUACAGGUGCAUGUAACCGUGAAGAGAUUGCUCCAUGCACUGAAAGCAUUAAUAAGCUUGUAGUAGCCUUGCUGCUUUUGACUUCAGCAACAAACCAAGGGAUGCUUUUACGCUUUGAAAUGCAAAACCCAGCCAAAACAAAAAAGCCCUGAACCCCAAGGCAAUGGUCUUGUCCUUUUAAACCUCUUGGAUUUGACGUGUCGCAAAGUCUACAACAUCCCAGAAAUCAUUCCUGCUGGUGCUGUACAUGUACAGAGCUGGAAUCCAGGGUUUGCUGGCUUUCCUUGAGAUUCUGUCUUUGAAAACUGAUUAGCUGGAAGCUUUUUUUUUUCAGUUUCGAAGGGAACUCUUGGGUGUUUCAAGACCAAAAUGAGAAGCUGCGUGGAGAGCUGCAGCAUGUCCUCAGGUGUCUGCUGAGCCAAGAUCAGCUUCCCACAGCUUCACAGGACUCACUUGUUACUAACUGGAUUAUGUGUUCCCUAAAAGUGUCAAAGCAAAAGCUCUUAUGUAGGCAUCUUCUUUAUGUGUGGGUGAAAAGUUCCUCUAACUUAUUUAUUCCUUCCCUGCCUUGUGAAGUCACAAAUACUGUGUUUGAUUUGAAGCUGUAAAGGGAACAAUGCAACUUGUUGCUCUCCACUUGGUUUCCUCCAGCUGGGAGGACUGGGAGGGAGUAGGGAUCUUUUUUUUUGCUAUGGGUGGACUCUAUUUGUGUAAAACUUUCCUGUGUCUUUUACCAAGAUGCUCCCUGUUCUCAUGGUUUCAUGCCUCUACAUAGUGUGUCUCUUGCUACAAAUGCUGUGGGCAAGUGCCUGUAAUACUCUCUGUUUAAAUCUGCUCUUUGGAGUAGAAGGAGGAGCUCGUGGAACUUUCUCAUUUCACAUGUCUUAAUGUGAACUUCCCCAGUGCUGGAUUCUUAAAUUGUAUUUUGUUUUGCUGUUGUUGACUGUGGUAGAGCAAAUCCAGUCGGUGCUGUUUGUGUUCAGGCAAAAAGGGACUCAUUGGUUUGCCCCUAGGUGGAGUUCUUGGUUGACUACUCUUGGAUGGGAAAAGAGAAGCAGCUUGUCAAAGCUCGUGGACAUCAGACUUUGAGCUGCUUCUUCCUGCUCUUAGUAAAUGCCUUUCAUUUAAGUGCUGUGGAGAAAAAUCCACCUGCUAGGUGGUAGAGGAGGAAAGCUGCUUGUAGGUAGCUGGUUUGUUUCAUUUACCUUCGCUGAGCUGCUCAAGCCCUGCUCAGGUUUGCUAGGAAUGAAGGUGUGCAGAGCUCACAGGAUCUCUACCUGGGUUGAAGGUGGAAAUCUCCAUGCUGAAGUGCCCUGCAUCUUGUUUCCAUCAGUUUUGGAGGUGCUGAGCCCUAGUAGGUGCCCAGGAAGUACUUCUAGACCUCACAAAGCUGUAGCACCUGCAAGGAAGGCAGUUCCAAGGGCUCUUGUGCCAGACAACCCUGCAGUUCCCUGUCUGGCAAAACUGGUCUUUGGGCAGGUCAGUGCCUGCUGGCUGCUCCCCCAGAGCACUCUUCAGUGAUGAAGAUUCACAAGUGACCAGAAGAACUCCAGAUAUGUCUGUUUGCUCUUCCCAUCCCACCACUGGGGUCAUUCUUUUUGUGGACCUAACAGUUUACACACUGUCCCUCCUUCACAGAGGCACUUCCCGUGCCUUGGUGUGGAGUAGGGGAAGAAUCUGUUCUGAAUGUAGUAGCUUUGUUGUGAUUAAUCCACAGCACUUGACGAAUUGGCUGAGAAAUGCCUCGAGUCAGGCGCUAACGUCUGUGUUUUUGUGAGCAGCCAGGUGGGUGCCAACUGCAGUUGGUGUAACUAGGGCAAGUGUUUCAAGGUGCAGCCCUGUGCCCUCUUGGCGUCUGUGAGCUCAGAAUCAAUGCAGAAGGAGGGUAGGUUACCUGAUGACCUUCAUCUGCUCCUAUUGUUUCUCUGUGGAUGUGAGUCUGUGUUGAAUACUACUGGACUAACUCAUAGCACUGGAUCCAGCCACGCGUGACCCAGCACACAUCAGUCCUCCUGCUACCCACAGGCUGCCCAUGUGUCUGCACUACCUACCCAGAGGAGUGAGAGACUGCUAACUGUGUCAUGCUGUUUGUGCCAGUCUGUUGCUGCUGCUGGUGGUGUAACCUCUGAAGGAGGGUUGUGUACAGCUGUGGGUGCUGAAAUGCUGUGUCUGUGGAUGUGCUGCGCUGGCUGUGGACACCUCCAGCAUUUAGUGAAUGCACUGCUUGAAACUGUCCCGUGGUUAGAGGAGCACUGUGUCUUCUUUCUCUAGAUGUCUUUGUUCCAUCCUUUCACUUGUAUCACAGUUUAUUUUUAUUCCCUAUGGAAAAAUAAAUACCUUUUUAAAGUAA